AUGUCUACAGAUAUUAAAAGACAAUAAAAUUUUUCACGUGCUUAAACUACAAAUAUAAACAAGGCAGCUGAACAAUGGAUUAUUGAUACUUUAGCUAUGGAUGUUAGAUUUAAAACAAUGGAAGAAGUUGGAAUUAGUAGACAUUAAUUGAUGGUAUAUAAAUAAUUAAAUUUAAGGGGAGAGGAUUAAAAAAAGAUACAAUAGAUCGCAUUUACAAAGGAUUAUAUGUAUAUUCAAAAGGAUUCAAUGAACUUUUAAAUUAAUGUAUUGGAGAGGAUAUUUUAUUAGUAAAAGGUUUAAUCUGGAAGGUGUUUUUAAUUUUGUUAGAGAGAUAUAAUAGCUCUGAUUAUUAGAUGAUAAUAUAGUAAUUGAUUGAAUAGCAUUUUAAAGAAGUAAAACAAGUAAUUAAGGAUAACGAGGUUAUUGGAAUCUAAAAUUAAGAUUUAUAGAAUAAAUUAUUGGAAUAAUCAGAGAAAUAGGAGGAAUAAAUAUAAAACCAUAAUAAGAUAGAAUAAAACUUGAAAAAUUAAUUAGAUAUUUUAAAUAAUAGAUAUUUAUUGGCUGAUGAUGCUGCAGAGAGAGAAUUAGAGAAAAGAUUUAGACUUGAAAAUAAAACAGGAUUAAUUAGAUAAUAGUUUAGUGAAUUAGUGUGUAAAUAAUAGUUACUUUUGGAUGAAUUAUAAUAUCUAAAUAAACAGUUGAAAUAAAAAUAGAACUAAAAUGAAGAUUUGUUGGAGGAAAGAUAGAACUUUUUAAAGAGGAUAGAAAAGUUAAAUGAAGAAAAUAAUUUAUUAAAAAUUAGUAUUAUUGAUUACACAUCUACUGUAUCAUUAAAAAACUAAUUGUUGAAAAAUUCAGAUGAAUUAAUAUCUAAAUUAUAGAAUUAAAUUAUUAAGUAAUAACACUAAGCGACAACUUUUGUUACUAAUCCUUUUUUAUAAUUAAAAUAAAGAGAUGAUGAAUUACAAUAAUAAGAGGAAGAAAAAUUGAGGUAGGAAAAUUAAGAACUUAGAAAUAGAAUAAUGGUUUAUUAAUAAUAAAUAGAUAUGUAUAUUUAAUAGAAAUCUUAAGAUUUAUUAAAUUAAAUUAAAUUACUUGAAGAUAGUUUGAGUAAGUUAAAGAAGUCUAAUUAAGAAUUGUAAGAUAAGUAUUUCAAUAAGAAAUAAAAAUUGAGUAAUGUAUUUAAUUAAGUAAUUUUAGUUGAAACAUUAAUUCAAUUCUUUAUUAGUAGCUUAAGAGAUAACAAAAGGAAAUUUAGAUAUUAAUGUUAAGAAAGUGGAAAACCUAGAAAAUGCUAAUAGUUUUUAGAUUGUUAAUAAUUCAACAUUAAGUUAAUAUGUAGAGAGAUUGACAAAUUGUAUUAAUAAGAUGGAAUAGAAUGAAAAAAUUUUAAAUGAUAGAAUUCACUCUUAAUUUGUAAGAUAUUUUAAUAAAAUUAUAAUAGUAAACAAUAUAAAAUCUAUCAUAAUAAGUUGAAGUAACAUCUAGAUAGAAUUAAUAAAAAUUAGAUAAUUUAAAUUAAUUAUUACUUUAGAAAUCAAUUUAAAAUGAUGAAUUGUAAUUAUUAUACAAAGAUUUGAAGUAAUCACAUUAAGUGAUGUAGGAAUAAUAUUAGAAAGAGGUUUUAUCACAAUAAGUUUAGAAUGAAGAAUUAAAAUAAAAAAUAUAAAAUUAAGAUAUAACAAUUUAUAAAUUGGAAUAAAAUGAAACAUAAUUAAAAUUUGAAUUAGAAAAUUAAACUAAGUAAAAUUUUAUUAAUAUGUUAGAUAGUAUUAAGAAUAUUUAUUAAAGAAAGAGGAAUAAGCUAGAUAGAUAAUUGAUUAAGGGAGUAAAAUAAGAAAAUUGGAGAAAGAUAAUGCAAGAAUUAAUUAAGAAUUGAAUUGGAUAACAAAUUAGAAUUAAGGAUUUUCAGAUAAAAUAAAGAAAUAAUAAUUAAUAAUAAGAGAGAUUUAAAAGGAAUUAGAUUAAGUAAAAGGAGAUUAUUCAUAAGCUUAAAGAGAAUUUGAAGAUAUGAAAUUUGAUUAUGAUGAAUAGAUGAUCUUUUAUUAAUAAAAUAUUUAGAGUUUAGUAAAAUAAAGAAAAGAAUUUGAAGAAGAUUUAGUUAUUAAAUAAUUUACUAUAAGUAAAUAGGCUUAGAUAAUGGCUGAUUAAGAUGAGAAAUUGAAAAGAUAAGAAAUAAAUUUAAUGAAUAAGGAUUAAGAUAUGAAAAUAAUUGAAGAAAAAUUAAUGUUAGAAUCUUAAAAGUUUAAUAAUUAUGUAAUUUAAAAAGAGGAAUAAAGUGAUUAACCUGAUAAAUCUACAAUAUUAAGUUAGAAUAUUUAAGAUAUAAUAUAAAAAAAGUUAAUUUAAAAAAUAAAAUUGAAAAGAUAAUAAUAAUAAUAAUAACAAUAAGGUAAUUCAAAUUUAAUUACAAUAAUUGAUUCAAUUGAAAAUGAUAAUAGUAUUUAAGAGAUAAUAGAACAUUAGUUACAAAAUGAUAGUACUUUAGAGAAUUUGUUAAAUUCUAUAGUAGAUGGUGUCAGAAAUUAAUCAUCUUCAACUUAAUAAUUAUAAAAUUAUGGAUUUUAAAAAUAGUAAAACUAAUAAUAGAAGUCCUAAGGUGUACUUUAGACAUAAAAUUAAGCAAAAUAAAAACCUAAUUAAUUUGGAUUUAAACCAAUUAAACCUCUUCCAUAAUUUAAAUAAUAAGAAACUAUCGAAAUUUUACCACAAAUAUUAACAAAGAGUAAUAAUGAUAUAGUUUCAAAUUAAUCAUCAAGAAAUAAAACAAUUAAAUCAUCUCAAAAGAGACCAAGUAGAAGUAUGUAAAAAUCAGAAACAGCUUAAAAUUAUAAAUCAUUACAAUAAAAUUAAUCUUAUUAAUCAGAUGGUAAUUUAAUCUAAUAAUAAAAUUAUCCUAAAAAUUAGAAUAAUUAAGGAAAUGUAGAUACAUCAUUUUAGGAGACUGGAUAAUUUCCAACUUAAUUUAUGUAGUUAACAUAUUAGGGAGGAGAGCAACAGUUUAUUAAUUUUAAAACAAUUUCUGAAUCUGAAUUAUAGGGAGAUGGAGAGAAUUAAGAUUAGAGGAAAUAAUCUUAAUUAAAAACUCGAAAAGGAUCUAUUUCAAAAUCAAAACAAUUUACAUAGCUUUAUAGAGUUGUAGCUGAUUAUUAUACUUAAUCUUAAUGA